CUUUGGUUGCAGGUUCAUCCCGUCUCCGCCGGCCGAGCGUAUUCUGUCAGCCGACAGCGGUCCGCCCUGCCGGAGGGGUGAAGGGAGGCUGGCGACAUGGAUGUUAACCAGCCCAAGCAGGAGCACUUGCUGGCUCUGAAAGUGAUGAGGCUAACCAAACCUACUUUAUUCACUAAUGUUCCGGUGACUUGUGAAGAAAGAGAUUUGCCAGGUAAUCUAUUUAACCAGCUAAUGAAAGAUGAUCCUUCUACUGUAAAGGGAGCAGAAAAUUUGAUGCUAGGAGAAAUGCUGACUUUGCCUCAAAAUUUUGGAAAUAUAUUUCUGGGAGAGACUUUUUCCAGUUACAUUAGUGUACACAAUGAUAGCAAUCAAGUUGUCAAGGACAUACUGGUGAAGGCUGAUCUUCAGACAAGUUCUCAGCGCUUGAACCUUUCAGCUUCUAGUGCUGCAGUGGCAGAACUUAAACCUGACUGUUGCAUUGAUGACGUGAUCCAUCAUGAAGUAAAGGAGAUAGGAACACACAUCUUAGUUUGUGCAGUAAGUUACACUACGCAGACAGGAGAGAAGAUGUACUUCAGAAAGUUCUUCAAAUUUCAGGUUCUUAAACCACUAGAUGUGAAAACCAAAUUCUACAAUGCUGAGAGUGACCUCAGUUCUGUGACAGAUGAAGUGUUUCUGGAAGCUCAGAUUCAGAAUAUCACUACCUCUCCAAUGUUUAUGGAGAAGGUUUCUUUAGAGCCAUCUAUGAUGUACAAUGUUGCAGAACUGAACACAGUUGACACAGCAGGGGAAAGUGAGUCUACUUUUGGCUCAAGGACAUAUUUACAACCCAUGGAUACACGUCAAUACUUAUACUGCCUAAAACCAAAGCAAGAAUUUGCAGAGAAAGCUGGAGUAAUAAAAGGUGUAACAGUGAUUGGUAAACUAGACAUUGUAUGGAAAACUAAUCUGGGUGAACGAGGAAGGCUGCAAACGAGCCAGCUCCAAAGAAUGGCUCCCGGUUAUGGCGAUGUGAGGCUUUCUUUGGAGACAAUACCAGACACUGUAAAUUUGGAAGAACCUUUUGACAUUACAUGUAAAAUAACAAAUUGCAGCAGUGAAAGGACUAUGGACCUGGUUUUAGAGAUGUGCAAUACUAAUUCCAUCCACUGGUGUGGAGUUUCAGGAAGGCAACUUGGAAAGCUGCACCCAAGUUCAUCCCUCCAUCUUGCACUUACAUUGUUGUCUUCAGUGCAGGGAUUGCAAAGUGUCUCUGGCUUAAGACUUACAGACACGUUUUUGAAGAGAACAUAUGAGUAUGAUGAUAUUGCACAAGUCUGUGUAGUUUCUUCAGAAGUCAAACAAAGCUGAAGAAAAAAAACUCUAUUUCUGCUCGGCUUUUUGGUGGCAUGUUUGGUUUUUGGUUUUUGUUUGGGUUUUAUUUUUGGACCAACUUCUUGAUGUUUUUGCAGCUGAAAAACAUCAAAAUGUGUACAAACAAUACUAAUUCCCACUAUAUCUAUGAAUGUAACUAUGCUUAUUUAAUUUGUCUGAGAAUUUCUUGAAUGUUUUAAAAUCUUCUAAAACAUUCAUAUGCAUUUUGUCUACUGAAAAUAAAGCCUUUGGAAAAAGCAUA